AUGUUAGCCUCGGUUCGUUAUACUAAGCAGCUCCAACGUAUGGCCAAUGCUUCUCGUGCCUUCUCUAAAGCCACACCAUUUCAUGCAGACACGUAUGAACAAAAGUAUUUGGCUAAAACAUACAAUGGAAACGGCGUUCGUGGCGAAGCAGGGCUCGUAUUUAGUCAUGGUAAAGGCAGUAAAUUAUACGACGAACAAGGUCGUGAAUUUUUAGAUUUUUAUGCAGGUAUUGCUGUCUCUGGUCUUGGUCAUGGCGAUGACGAUUGGUAUCAGAGUCUUGUAGAAAAUGGCAAGAAAGUGACACAUGUGAGCAAUUUAUUUCACUCGAAAGCGCCCCUGGAAUUAGCCAAGACAUUAGUGGAUAAUUCGUGCUUUGAUAAAGUCUUUUUUGCUAAUUCGGGCACGGAAGCCAAUGAAGGGGCGUAUAAAUUUGCACGACUUUACGCCAAUCACGUGACGCAAGGGACGUCAUUGGCAGGACAAAAGAUUGAGUUUAUCUCGUUUAAACAUGGAUUUCAUGGUCGCACAGCUGCAGCUUUGACUUUGACGCAUAAACCCAAGAUUCGAGAAGCUUUUAUGCCACUUGUACCGGGUAUUCAUUAUGCGGAAUUCAAUGACAUUGAAAGUGUCAAGAAACUCAUUUCGGAGAAGACUGCAGGUGUUUUUAUCGAGCCUGUUCAGGGUGAAGGUGGUGUCCAUCCUGCUGAUCCGGAUUUUAUGCAGGAGCUGCGUGCUUUGUGUGACAAGCACGACACGAUGCUUAUUAUGGACGAGGUGCAGUGUGGUCUUGGCCGUACGGGUAAGCUAUUUGCUCACGAGCUGUACGACGUGAUACCUGAUAUCAUGACGCUGGCAAAACCGCUUGCUGGUGGACUGCCAAUUGGUGCUGUGCUCAUGUCGAACAAGGUGGCAUCGACUAUUAGCCCCGGUCAGCACGGCACGACUUUUGGUGGUAAUCCGCUAGUAUGUGCUGUGGCCAAUACGGUACUAAACAAGAUCAUGGAUGAAAACUUUCUCGCCAAUGUGCAGAAGCGUGGCAACUACCUGGCUAACGGUCUAGAGAAGCUACAGCAAAAGUUCCCUGACAAGGUAGUGGAUGUCCGCAAGCCGAUCGGCAAGGGUGGUCUGUUCGUUGCCCUUGAAUGCGCCAAGCCCGUCGGCCCGCUCAUCGAGUACGCACUAUCGAAGCAGGUGCUCAUCAUUUCGGCCGGUGAAAACACAAUCCGUUUGUGUCCGCCACUUGUCGUGGACGAGGAGGACAUUGACAAGCUACUUGACAUUUUUGGGAAGGCAUUCGAAGAGGAUGUUUUGUAA